AUGCUUGGCGGCCUCUCGCGCCUCGCCCACGGCCUCUGGGAGUGCGGCGAGUGCGGCCUUGUCGACGAGCGCGGCUUCGAUGACGAUCACUGGGUGCGUCAGGCCCACCGGGUGCGCGACGAGAGGGUGCGCCGGCCUUCGCAGUCCAAAUUCCGGGUCGUGGCAGUCGUCGUCUAUGAGCGUGGCGACGGUACCGUCUCGCACGUGAUUGGCCACAACGACGAGGCGGCGUGCCUAAAGAACUCCAUCUGCGCCGAGCGCGCCGCCUUCGUGCAGCUCUGCAUGCUGCCUCAGUCAGCUUGCUCCCGCGUCACGGCCGUCUACAUUGCCUCCGACGCCGCCGAGCCCAUCACGCCGGGAGCGCUGUGCCGUGAGUUCAUGAUGUCGUCGCCUCUCACAUCGACCGACACGCGCAUCGUGAUGGAGGGCGGUGGGCGGAGGCUUGACCUCCGGCUGGCCGGCCUCUACCCGCACGCGUCGCCCUACAUCCGCCUGACGGCCGAGGAGCAAGCGGCGGCCGGGAGGCGACUUGGGCCGGCGGCGUGGGAGGGCGCGGUCGCGGCGGCGCAAAGGGACGCGCGCCCGCUCCACGCGAUUGGAUACGGCAGCGGACCCCACGACAGCGCCUGCGUCGUCUUCGAGGACGGCAGCGACGCGAGGGCGUGGCAGUGGAAGGCGCUCGAGUACAGCUGCAGCCUCGACGCGGUGUGCUUGCUCGCCCCCGCCCUCGCGGCGCGCAGGGAUGGCGGCGUCGAGCCGCGCGUGCUCUGCCUCGCCGACCAGCACGGGGUGUGCCACGCACCGCACGCCACCGCGAGGGCCAUCCUCGUGGAGCACGGCUACGGCGAUGUCCGUGUCCUUGUCCACGACAGCGACGGCCACGCCCACACGCCCACGGCGGCGGAGCUGCUGCCAACGGCGCCCACCGCCUUCGACGCUUUCCUGGCGUGCGGAGGCGGCGCCGGCGAGGCUUAA